AUGACGACGUCUGCUGACCUGGAGUCCACGUCAUACGUGUCCCUCGACUUAUCCGUUCCUUCCUGGUGGCUUCCGGUCGCCCAUGAAAUUGCUUUCGCCGGUGACGCAGCAGAGUUAACGGAAGUCAAGGCGACGGAGGCACGGGCAGCUAAAAACGACAGCGAUUGCGACGAAUGCUUUCUAGUGCUUGGCGGGUCUGUUGUUGACGGGGAUAGGCGACAGGCCGUGCCGGUUACUCGCCUUGAAUUGCUCAACGAGCGCUUGCAGACGAUCGAACGGCGCGCGGGCGCGCUAGAUGAGCUCCUGGUGGCGAUCCGACGGCUGGCGGAGAAUCUAAAAGCGUCGCGAGGGUCAGGAGGCUCGGAGAAGGGUGGAGAGGACAAGAAGGAGGAUAACGGUGGUGGUGGAAAAGGGAGAAGAAGCGGGAGUGCGGGAGAAGAUGAUUGUGAAGGGAAUGGGGAGGAUUUGGAAAUGGAAGUUGACAGUGACGGAGGAUUUGAUGGUGCUGAUGAUAAUGAUGAUGAUGAUUACAGUUAUGGGGAUUCUGGAGACGAGGAUGCGAUGGAGGAAGAUGAAGAGGAUGGCGAUGACGACGACACCUUGUACGGAUACGACGCGUUUCUGGAGGAAGAUGACGGUAUUACAGGCGCCAAGGAGGACGGCGAGGAGGGCUCGGAUUGGGAAUGGGGAGUGGGGCGAUUCCACAGCGUCUCAUCAGCUCCUUCAUCAAGUGGAGAUUCCGCCACUGGCGCGGAUGGUCUGUCCUUGAUAGAAGCAGAGGCGUUACAAGCACAGGCUGCGUGCCACGCCGCUUUUUCUGCCGUGCGCAGAGGGAAGAAGAGCCGGCCGAGUCCCAGAGGGGACCAGGACGAGCCAUGGCAGCAAGGUGCGGGAGAGGCGGAGGAGCAGGAGGAGGCGGAGCGCGUGUUGCGGUGGUGCUCAGUGCGUAGCAUGGGCAAGCGCGGCUUUGUGCGGUGCCAGAUGGAGGUGGGCGGUGUGGUCAGCAACGUCAGAGCGCUCGCAGCUCUAGGCCUCUCCACCACCUCUCCCAUUGUGAUUACCCUGUACUUCACUGACCAUGCCUGGCGCCUCCGCGCCUCGCACCCACACCAGCAGCAGCAGCACCACCACGCGCAGCACCAUCACCAGCGGCAGCAGCAGAGUGGUGGGGAAGAGGCGACGUCCUUUCCAGAGCCUUCCCGGGUGGUGGUGUCGCAGCCAGCGGCAGAGGCGGGGGAAGGAGGAGAGCCGGGCAGCAGCAAGGGGGAGCAGAGGAGGCAGCGGCGGCAGGUUCUGAUGCGAGUUCUUCUGGAGCAGUGCGUGGGGCACACGAGGAGCAUCAGCAAGGAGUCUCUUGUCACUCCCGUUUCCGCCGCCACGGAUGCUGCAGACGCUGCCAUUGCUAGCAACAACAGCGACAGUGGCAAGGGUGGCAGCGCGGGGAACGCCGGUGUUUUAUCUGGGAUGAGCGAGGCUGCAAUGCGUGCCACGUUGAAAAGGCUGGGCGGUUCGGAUCCAGCGAAGACGGAAGCAGCAGCAUCCGGCGCUUCACACUCUUCUGCGUCCACACGGGUGGGCGAGGGGUGGAGUGUGCAGCAGGCAUUGGAGGCGCGGGUGCUGCAAGUGGUGGAGCAGGCAGACGAGCGCGUGGGGCAGGAGGCAGCAUGCCGAGUGGGUGUGGACUCUCUUGUUCCUGCCGCUGUCACCUCCUUCUUUAAAGACCGCCACUCGCACGGGGGGGAAACGGGAGCAGAAGCGCGGGGUAAGAAGGGAGGACUGGGGAACGCGUUUGUAGGGCUGCUGGUGCACGUGGCGAGGCAGUUGCAGGCGGUGUGUGAGAGGUGCGUGAUCUGCGGGCAAGCGCUGGCGCUCAAGACGCAGCGUGUGCGGCCAUGCACGGACGACUUCUGCCUAUACCGCUUUGAAGAGCUGGGUCUGGCGUCUGACAUUCUCUCUGAGCUGCGAUCCCUCCCCCUCGCCGUGCAUCUGGACGUUUCGCUUGCUCUCGCGGCCGCCCAGGCCAGCAAUCGGGAUGUUUUUGAACCUUUCCCGUCGUUCCUGCUCUGCUCCGCCCAGCAACUCCGCGGCCGCUCCGGCUGGUUCUCCUCCCAACCCUCUGCUACUGCUACUGCCACUGCCACUGCCACCGCAACCACAGCCACUGUUGUUGCUCUUGCUGCUGCCGCCAGUGCUGGUGGGGGCGGGGUGGGGGGAGGGGGCGUAGGCAUUGGGGGGCAUACAAGGGGAGCAGCCAUGGGAGAGGAGGGGGGGGAGAGGGGCGGAGUGCAGAACAAGCGGCUGUCAGUGCUGGCCAGCGUUUUGCAGACUCUUCCUCCUCUGGCUGCCUUGCAGCAGUGCGAGUCGGAGUGGGAGCUUAAGGUGCUCCUCGCGGCCUGCUGGAUCAUUCGCUCUGCUGCGGUUCGCAAAGCCUUAGAGGCAGAGGAGGCUGAGAAGGCUAAGGUUGAAAAGGAGGCGGAAGAGGAGGGUGCAAGGGUGAAAGCUGACAGUGUGGCAGCAGGAUUGGCAGGGGCAGGGGCAGCUGGCGAGGGAGAGGGGGGAACUGGUGCGUCGGAAGCUGGAGCGGGAGCAGGAGCGGUGGGGCGAGGAGAAAAAGCUGCAGCAGUAGUGCCCGCAGCGAGGAAGGCAGCAGCAGCCGAGCCAGCAGCAGGAAAGGCAGCAGCGAAGGGCGGAGAUGGUGGGAUGAGUGGGGAGCAGCGGGUGCUGGCGGACGUGCUGCUGCCAUACCGUGUGCUGCGAUUUGUGGUGAGCACCAGCCGUCUCACUCUGCUCAAACUGGACGGCACUCCAGCCACCACCAACCAACCCCCACAGCAGCAGCAGCAGCAGCAGCAGCGCUCACAGGGCGCCAAGCACCAGAGCAAGCGGAAGCAGCAGCAGGAGCAGCAGCAUUCCGAGAGCAUUCCGUCGAGUUUGGACGAGCGCUCAUCUCCUGCGACUUGGGGCGAAGGAGGCGAGUGGGCGUGUGCAGGGCUACCCCUCUCCGCGUGCCACCAGCUCGCAGUCUUUGCUGACGGUUGCCCCAAGCAGGCCCAGUUCGAGCGCCUCCGCCAAUCCAAGGGCUCCUUCUUUGCCUUCCACGGCAGUUCCACCUUCAACUGGUUCUCCAUUCUCAGGAACGGGCUUCGCAGCAUGAGCAACACAGGGUAUAUGUCCACUGGGGCUGCGUAUGGUUCUGGAAUCUACCUCUCCCCGCAUUUCGAAACCUCGUAUGGAUAUUCUGGGCGUGGGUAUGCGGAAGGGAAUGGGGGGGUUUGCUGUGUGGCGAUUUGCGAGGUGGUGCAUUCGCCUGCUGCUAGGGGUCGGCCAUACGAGAGCAUUGCGCCAGGACAUGGGAAGACGAUGGAGGAAAGAAUGUAUGAUGAGGAAACGUUGGUGGAUGAGGGGAAUGGGGUUGGGAAGGACAGUCCAGCGGAGGGAGAUACAGGGAUGAAUGUGGAUGUUACUGCUGGUGCUGGCGGUGCUGCUGCUGCUUCGUCUGUUGGUGGUGCUGGUUCUGCUGCUGCUGCUGCUGCUGCUGCUGCUCCUUCUACUGCUGCUCCUUCUACUGCUGCUGCUGCUGCUGCUGCUGGUUACCCUAGUCGUCGCAGUACAAACCCCGGAGGUAGAACUGCGGGUCAGGAGCUGCAGCGUGGGAGUGGAAUAGUGGUGGUGGAUCCAGGGUAUGAAGAGCAUGUGUGCAUACGUUUCCUCCUGCUACUCCCCCCAGGUUUCAACCCUGCUCAGCAUGUUAAGCAUGUGACAGCAGGCACGACAGGAACAGGCUCAGCAGCAGGAGGAGCAGGUGGUACUGCUGCUGGUCGCUGGGGGGGUUAUGUGAGGGGAAGUGACGGAGAAAGUCCGAUGACUAUUACAGGGGGGCGGAUGCUGCUGGGGGUGGAUCUUAGGCAGGCGCACGCUCGUGCGUUUGCGGCAUGGCAAACAAGGCGGAGAGAUGCGUUUGAGAGGAGGCAGAGGGAUCGGCUGAUGGCUCUGGCGGAUGAACGGCCGGAGGAGGACGAGAUGAGGGAGAGGAAGUGGGAAAAGGAGAGGGAGAGUGAGAGGGAGAGGGAGAGGGAGAGGGAGAGGGAGAUGGGGAGGGAGAGGGAGAGGAAGGCGCAGGAGCAGGUGGGCAAGCGGGGUACAGGAAGAGCACCGGACACGAAGAAUACGACUCCUGGAGCAACGAACGCGAUUCAGAAGGAGUAUCGAAACAUGAUGAGGCUCCAGUCUCGAGGCCACAGCUCCCUGCCCACGGGUUCCUUCACGCUCUCUCUUCCCAACGACGAAGACCUCUAUGCGUGGCGCGUGCGCCUCUCCCCCCUCGUCUUCAAGGACACGCCCUUCCACUCGGAACUAGCUCAGAUUCGUGUUAGCACCACCGCCACUGAUGGAGUUGGCGCUGCUGGUGCUGGUGGCAUUGCUGGUGCUAGGGGCAGCAACGAGCAUGGGGUGCAGGGGAGUGACGCAGAUACAAGUUUUUCAGGAACAGGAGAGGGAGCAGGAGCAGCAGCAGUGGCAUCACCAGCACAGGAGGCAGGGGUGGAACUGGAGAUUCGGUUUCCGGGUGGGUUUCCUUUCGAUCCUCCGUUUGUGCGAGUGGUCUCUCCGCGCUUUGCCUUCCACACCGGUCACGUCACCGUGGGAGGUUCUAUCUGCAUGGAGCUGCUAACCCAGUCUGGCUGGUCUCCUGCCUACUCUCUGGAGUCUCUUCUUGUGCAACUGAUUGCAAACAUGGCUGCAGGAGGAGCGAGGGUGGAUCCACGAUAUGUGCGUGCAGGCAGGUGUGGGUGCAGGGAUGGUCCCCAUGCAGGCGGGUGCUACUCUCUUGCUGAGGCUAAGGAUGCGUUUGUUCGAGUGGCUGGCCAGCAUGGUUGGAAGGUGUGA